UACGGAUGAUUUGCCAAGUGUGUUGUAUAUUGGCAUUGAUAUGCCUAAUAAAUUCGUCCUUAGGGUCCGUCAUUAAGGAUUCUGUAAAGUGCAUUGAGGGUUCCGUGGCAGUCGACGAUGAUGAUUGUGCCAGCUACUUUCAGUGUAUUGAUGAUGAAACUGUACAUCUAACAUGCCCCAACGGAAGUUACUUCGAGGGAAAUAAUGAGAUCUGCAUCGCAGAUGAGUUUGGUAUCUGCCCAACUUCGCUAAGAAAAUGUCUUGAAGGCUAUCUUUAUGAGGACUCUCAGAACUGUGCUUUUUACCUAAAGUGCCUUCAUGGAAAUCUAGUGAAACAAGUGUGCCCUCUAGGCAGCUAUUUUAAUGUAGUAUCAAAGAGCUGCAGUCUGGACAGGAGUGGAUCCUGCACAUCUUUUAAAGAAAUUUGUGUGGAGGGAGAAGUGGAGGCAGAUCCCGACGAUUGCGCAGGAUAUUUGGAAUGUGAAAGUGAAGUCCUUGUGAAGCACAACUGUUCGAGUGGCAGCUACUUUGAGCCCAUUUUCAAACUUUGUCAGGUGGAUGAGAAUGGUGUAUGUCCAUCUUCAUCGGAGAAGUGUACAGAAGGAGAAGUACAGGUGGACCCUGAUAACUGUGCUGGAUACCUAAAUUGUCAGAGUGGAAAAUUGGUAACUGAAACCUGUCCCAGUGGCAGUUACUUUGAACCCACUUACAAAAUCUGCACUGUGGACUUAAAUGGAGUGUGUGUUGAUCCACCAGCUAAAUGCACAGAAGGACAGCUCAAAAUAGAUCCAAAUAACUGCGCAGGAUACCUGAAAUGUGUCAAUGGAGAAAUGAUAGAGGAGCUGUGUCCCAGUGGAUCUUUCUACGAUCCACGGUUCGAAGCUUGUGUCAUGGACACAGAAGGUGUUUGUCUAACCAUCAAAAAGCUUUGUAUCGAAGGACUUCGGGAAGAAGAUCCAAAUGAUUGCGCUGGAUACACUCAGUGCAUUCGAGGUGAGCUUGAGAAUUUGAAGUGCGAGUCUGGUAGAUACUUCAAUGUGACACAAAGUGAGUGCCUUGUUGAUUUGGGAAAAGUUUGUCUUCAACCAGCAAGGGACUAUCGCAUAAGCGAGGAGCAGGAUUUAUAUACGGAUACUACUAUUGCCAAUAUUCAAUCUACCGACAGUACUUCUUCAGAUUUUUUAUCUACUGAUUCCACUCCUCUAAUAAUCACUUCUGAGAAGUCCUGCAUUUUUGACUUGAAUGGAUUUUGUGUAGAACAACCUACAACCUGUAUAGAAGGACAAAACAAAUUAGAUCCCAGUAGCUGCGCCGGAUACCUUAAAUGCAUUAGUGGAAAAAUCGUGAAGGAAAAGUGUCCAUAUGGCUCAUUCUACGAUUCCAAUUUGGAAAUUUGUUCAUUGGAUAUUGACGGUGUUUGUGUCGUGAAAUCAUGUAUCGAAGGAGUUCGAGAAGAAGAUCCUGAGGAUUGUUCCGCAUACAAUGAAUGCAUUCAAGGUGAAGUUAAAAAGUUCACUUGCGCUUUUGGAAGUUAUUUCAACGAGACCCAAGGUGAUUGCCUAAUUGAUGUGAAUGAAGUGUGUAUUAAGUUAGGAAACGUAAAUGAAAGAGAUGAUAUAGUACAUCAAUAUACAGAAAGUACAUCUUCUGAUUUAGAUAUAUAUACUGAAACAGAGAGUACUGUUGCCGAUUUUCAGCAAUUUACUGAAAGCACUGAGGCUGAUUUCCAUUACCAAACGGAAAAUUUCCUCUCAAACACCGAAAGUACUACUUCUGAUUUGAACUUAUAUUCGGAAAGUACAAUUUCUGACUUGGAAACUACUGAAACAGAGAGUACGUUUGCCGAUUUCCAGCAUUUUUCUGAAAGCACUGAGACUGAUUUCCAUUCCCAAACUGAAAGUUCUACUCCUGAUAAGAAUGUUUCUAAUACCAUACUAUGUGUCGAGGGAGUUCGUGAAGAAGAUCCUCAGGAUUGCGCAGGGUACAUUCAUUGCAUUCAAGGUGAAUCUAAACACUUAAAGUGUGAUCCUGGUAGAUACUUUAAUUUGACGAAUAAUGAUUGCCUUAUUGAUGUGGAUAAAAAAUGUGUGAAGUCAAAGGUGAAAAACAACACGGAACCAACUACCGAAAGUAGUGUUAUAGAAACAACAUCCUAUGAUCCAUUUGCUGUAUGCAAGGAAGGGCAGCUUAAACAAAAUCCCAGUAAUUGUGCAGGAUACUUGAAAUGCAAGGAUGGAGAACUGAUUGAGGAAAUGUGCUCUAGUGGCUUCUACUUUGAUCCGGAAUCAAGAGUCUGUUUGGUGGAUGUGAGAGCUUCUUGUGUCACAAAUAUUAAAUUUUGUAUUGAAGGAGUUCGCGAGGAAGAUCCCAAUAAUUGCGCUGGAUACAGGGAAUGCGUUGAAGGGGUAGUGGAAAAUCUGAAAUGUCCCUCAGGAAAAUACUUUAAUGUCGGUGAAAGAACGUGCCUCUUUGAUGUGCAUAAAGUGUGUUUGAAAACGGAAGAGGAACACCAUACGGAUAAAGCACUAAUUCAGGAAUAUACUCCGCCUAUGUUCCUACCCGAUGAUAGCUGCGCGUCGGUCAUUGAUGGAGUAUGUGUUGACCCACUUCCAAAAUGCAUAGAAGGGCGUACGAAACUAGAUCCUAAUAACUGUGCAGGAUACCUGAAAUGCAAGGACGGAGCACUGAGGCCUGAACUUUGCCCCAAUGGCUCCUACUAUGAUACCUCAAUAAAAUCCUGUUCGGUGGACAGGAGAGGAAUUUGUGUUACAAAUAUCGAAAUUUGCGAUGAAGGAGCCCGUGAAGAAGAUCCCCAGGACUGCGCUGGAUAUAGACAAUGCAUACGAGGGGAGGUUGAAAACCUCAAAUGUCCCCCAGGAACCUACUUUAAUGUGCCCCAAAGAGAUUGCCUUAUUGAUGUGGAGCAUUUCUGUGUCCAGACAGAAUAGAAAUACAAUAAACAAAAAUAA